CAAGACGCGGAACUAUAGUUUGUUGUUCGUGUUUUUCCGGAAUGUUUUUAAUGAGGUGCCGACACCGGGACGUCCAACAAAGUGGAGUGAAACUUUUAAUAUAAAUCUGUUUACAAUGUCUGUCACUUUGCAUACAGAUCUCGGGGAUCUCAAAAUUGAGCUGUUCUGUGAGCGGACUCCAAAAAGCUGUGAGAAUUUUCUAGCCCUGUGUGCCAGUGGUUUCUACAAUGGGUGCACCUUUAAUCGAAACAUCAAAGGGUUUAUGGUCCAGACAGGAGACCCGAGUGGAACAGGAAAAGGAGGAACAAGUAUCUGGGGAAGAAAAUUUGAAGAUGAAUUUAGCGAACAUUUAAAACACAAUGUCCGGGGCGUGGUGGCGAUGGCAAAUAACGGCCCUAAUACCAAUGCAUCGCAGUUCUAUUUCACUUACGCCAAGCAGCCUCAUCUGGACAUGAAAUACACAGUAUUUGGAAAAAUUAUAGAUGGUUUGGAAACUCUGGAUGAGUUGGAGAAACUCCCCGUCCAUGAAAAGACGUUUCGGCCUUUGAAUGACACCCGCAUCAAGGAUGUGACCAUUCACGCAAACCCGUUUGCUGUGUAACGUUCUGUGGAUCGUAAUGAUCUGUGAUGAUGGUAGGGUUUAAUAGUUGUAUAGAACACACUGUAUUUUGAUUCAGUUGUGUAUUUUUGUAUUAUUUUUUUAUAUAUUUUCUUUUUCUGUAUAUGUUCUUAUCACAUACGAGAAUAAUUUUUUUUUCCAUAAAAAAAUGUUUAUCCUAAUUAAAGUAAUGUUUAAAAAAUAAACAUUGUGUAGAGUUUUGUCCAAUUUUUCAGCUCAAUUAUGUACAAAUGAAUGUCUUUUGAAUAUAUAUAUAUAUAUAUAUAUAUAUACAUACAAAAGACAUUCAUUUGUACAUAAUUGAGCUGAAAAAUUGGACAUAUACACUUUUUUUGGACAUUUUACUUUCUUGGACAUCUUUUCUCUCAUUCUUCCUGUGUUAUGUUUGGGUCAUUUUGACCUGAGAGUGGCCUUUAAUAGUAGUUAAAAGGUUGGUUGGAUGGUUGACCCCACCUGUAUUUAAUACAAAGAAAAGCCCCAACAAAUUUUAAAGCUAAUUAAAGUUUAUUUCACAAUGGA